GGUAAUUAUUGCAAACACAUCACUUUCUAAGUUGGUGUUUCUCGAAAUGGGGAAGAAAGAUCAGCUGAGCGAUCACAAGGAAACAGGGAGAGUUGAAGCUGUUCUUGAACUCAUCAGAAAACAAACCCCUCUCACUCUGAAGCAGGAGAAGUUCUGCAACUAUGCUUGUGUGAAACGGUUUCUGAAAGCUAAGGGGGAUAACGUGAAAAAAGCUGCGAAGCAACUCAGGGCUUGCCUUUCUUGGAGAGAGAGUAUAGUCACCGAUCAUUUGAUAGCAGAUGAUUUCUCAGCUGAACUAGCUGAUGGUUUUGCCUAUGUGGCUGGUCAUGACGACGAAUCUAGACCUGUUAUGAUUUUCCGGAUGAAACAAGACUAUCACAAGUUGCAUUCCCAGAAAAUGUUCACUCGUUUGCUGGUGUUCACGAUGGAGGUGGCAAUUUCGACGAUGCCAAAAAACGUGGAACAAUUCGUCAUGCUUUUCGACGCAAGCUAUUACAGGUCAGCAUCUGCUUUUAUGAACUUGUUACUAGCAGCACUGAAAAUUGUGGCGGAGUACUACCCAGGCCGGCUAUGCAAAGCGUUUGUGAUAGACCCUCCCUCGCUUUUCGCUUACUUGUGGAAGGGUGUUCGGCCGUUUGUUGAGCUGUCAGGGUGGACGACGGUGGUGUCAUCGUUGGAUUUCGAAGAAUCACUGGACUUCAACGACUUCGCUGCGUACCCUCGAGCCUCGUCCCUCCGAUUUGAUCCCUCCACCGUGAAAUCAACGGAGAAGAUCGGGUCGUGCUCAUCUUCCCGCUUCUCGUUCACGGUUUCUCAUCAUUUGGACUCGCUAAAGCCCUGGUACCUCAGCCUCACCGACACGUCAGCAUCCAAGGUGGGACCCACGAGCCCCUCCCCUGCACUGAUCUCCCCACUCAACGCGCGCUCCCUCUCAUUCGCUUCCCCCGUCGCCAGGACCCCCCGCGGCCCCCCGGCCUCCAGGAAGGGGCUGUUUCCCUCCACACCGCUGCCGCAGCGAGUGACGGCGCCGCAUCGGACGUCAUUCCUACAGUCGCCGGCGACAUUCUUCCGGCGGGAGAGCCAGGCGAGCAGCAAGGGGGAGAGGUGCAGGGAAUCGUUCUUGCCGUAUGUGAAAUUCUACAGAAGACCGUACGACGAGAUGGUUUACCGGUCAAAGAUGAGGCCCCCACUGGGUGGACUCAUCUCCAUUGUUUCCCCACACAUGAGAAGACGUCACGUUUCGCUUUCUCAGCGUUUCUAAUUCUAAAAUACCACACCGCAAUCAACGUAACGUCCCAAUUUACCCUACCAGUGCCAUUUUUUUUUCUUUCUUCUUUUCUUGUUUUCUUAAUUUC